GGGGUGGCCUGCCGCCGGCGUGCGGGCCCAGGAGCGCUCGGUGCCCCGCCCCCGGCGAGCGCGGCGGAAGUGGCUUGCUCCGGAAAGGGCCCCGCGCGCCGCCUGGCCGAGCGCGCAUGCGCCAGUGCCCGCGCCCGCGGUGGGGGCGUGUGUCGCGUGUUCGCCUCCGUCUCCGCACCCCCGCCCCACAGAGAGUCGGACUCACGCCAUCUUGCGCCCCCGCGCCCCCGCCUAGCCACCUUUUCCCUUUCUGCACUCUCAGCCCUCCACCCCGCCCCUUUCCAAGCGUGUCCCGGGCCGCAGCACAGAAACCGCACCAUCUCUAUCCCCACAUUCUCCACGCGGGACGCGCAGCCGUGCCUACAAGUGUUCUUAGAGCAGAGAUGAAUAAUACUGUAGCCAGCCCAAUGUCUACUGCCACUUCAAGUAGUGGGAGAAGUACAGGGAAGUGUAUAAGCUUUGCUGCAGAAUUACAGAGUAUGAUGUUUUCUUUAGGUGAUGCGAGGAGGCCUCUUCAUGAAACAGCAGUUUUGGUAGAAGAUGUGGUGCACACUCAGUUAAUUAAUCUGUUACAGCAAGCUGCUGAAGUUUCUCAGCUUCGGGGAGCGAGGGCAAUCUCUGCUGAAGAUCUUCUGUUUUUGAUGCGCAAAGAUAAGAAAAAACUUAGAAGACUGCUAAAAUAUAUGUUUUUCCGAGACUACAAAUCAAAGAUUGUGAAAGGCAUAGAUGAGGAUGAUCUUCUGGAAGACAAAUUGAGUGGCAACAGUAAUGUGAACAGCAGACAAAAAACCGCCCAAGACUUUCUUAACUCUAUUGACCAAACAGGAGAACUCUUGGCAAUGUUUGAAGAUGAUGAAAUUGAUGAAGUUAAACAAGAAAGAAUGGAGAGAGCAGAAAGACAAACUCGAAUUAUGGAUUCAGCUCAAUAUGCAGAAUUCUGUGAAAGUCGACAAUUAAGUUUCUCCAAAAAAGCCUCCAAAUUUCGGGAUUGGUUGGACUGCAGCAGUAUGGAGAUAAAACCCAAUGUUGUCGCUAUGGAAAUUUUAGCAUACUUAGCAUAUGAAACUGUGGCACAGUUAGUGGAUCUGGCUCUUCUUGUGAGGCAAGACAUGGUAACCAAGGCAGGAGACCCCUUCAGCCAUGCUAUUUCUGCAACCUUCAUUCAGCAUCACAACUCUGCUGAGAGCACCGCGGCCUGUGGUGUGGAGGCUCACGGCGAUGCCAUCCAGCCCUGCCACAUCAGAGAGGCCAUUCGACGCUACAGCCACAAGAUUGGCCCCCUUUCCCCAUUCACAAGUGCCUACCGCAGGAAUGGGAUGGCUUUUCUGGCCUGCUGAUGUGACUACAACUGACUGCAACAACAGGAAAGGCCAUGUUAUAUUAAGGUGAUUUCUGUUCUCCUCUUUGGACAAAAUAAAAUCCAAGUUCACCUUC